AUGUAUCAUAACCUAACACUUGUAUCCAAGGUCGCUGUUGUCGUGAUCGGGAAGGAGGUUGGUAGUUAUCUUGAGGAUUUUCAGUUUGGGGUGGGUGUGCCUAACGGGAGUGAGGCUAUUCUCCAUGCUGUCAACAGGUUGGUUGAGGCCAAGGGAGAGGUGAGCAGUAUGUCUAUGCUUCUGGUUGAUUUUAGCAAUGCCUUUAACUUGAUAGACCGUAGUACUAUGCUUAGAGAGGUCCAGCGUCGAUGUCCAUCGCUCAGUCCUUGGGUUGAAUUCUGUUUUGUCCGGCCGGCUAGGUUGUAUUAUGAGGGCUCUGUCUUGCUUUCUUCCCAGGGGGUUCAGCAGGGUGAUCCUUUGGGGCCUUUGUUGUUUGCGCUUACCUUGCAUCCGCUUAUCCAUCUGAUCAACGAGAAGUGCAAUCUUGAUUUCAUGGCUUGGUACCUCGACGACGGUACCAUUAUUGGGGAAACUGCUUUGGUUUCUUCGGCUUUGCAGGUGAUCACUACUGAGGGUCCGGCAAUGGGGUUGCAUUUAAAUGUUGAGAAAACGGAAAUCUUUUGGCCUACUCCUGAUCGGAGGAGCUACGAUUCCACACUUUUCCCUCCUAGUAUUGCCCACCCCAGGGAUGGAGUCCAGCUUCUCGGUGGGCCAGUUAGCUUGAAGGCUGACUUUUGCAGCCGCUUGAUAGAGGACAGGGUCGCUAAGGCUGUGGGUUUGAUGGAGGCCGUGGCUGAGCUUAAUGAUCCUCAAUCGGAGCUCCUUCUUCUGCGGUGUUGUGUGGGAGUUAGUCGUUUGUACUUCUCUUUACGGACUUGUCUGCCGCAUAUGCUCGGGUCUGCUCCUUUUUCCAUUGAUCUCGCCUUAAGGAGGGUUCUUCAGGAUAUUAUUGUGGAUGGUAGUGCGGGUUUUGGAGAUUGGCAGUGGCGGUGUGCCACUCUACCUUUUCGGUUGGGUGGUGUAGGGGGUUAUUUUUCCCGUUCCUACAAGGGGGGUUGGCACGCGGCGGCUGGGGUUGUUGUGAAGAAGGAGGUGCCUUUGGGAUUUCUGUCUGAGGAAGGGAGAGAUCUCCGUCCUGCAGACCUUCUCGUCUACUCUUGGGACAAAGGGAAGAAUGUAUGCUUAGAUGUCACAGGUAUCUCUCCCUUCACCGGGCCAGGAGUUGAUGCUUUUGCUCCUGGGUUGCUGUCGCUAAUGCUGUUGCCAGGAAGAAGAAGAAGUAUGAAGCGAAAUGCAUAG